GACACGUGCUGAAUUUACGACAUGAGAGAUAGACGGACGCAUUUAAAACUGCGCUACGAUUAUCUUUGAUUAACCUCAUUCAAUCGGGAUUUGGAUUUUGAGUCAGGAUGAUGUCAAUUUUAGCUUUACAUGAAAAUACCCACCUUACAGAUGGCUGUGUUGAAAUUUUGAAUGAUGAAUGGCCAAGGAGCAAAGCUGCUAGGUUGCAUUCUAUUACCAAAUCAUGUUCUACACUACCAUACUCAUUGGUUCUGGUAGAGAAUGAAAGCACAGUUGUUGGAUAUUGCAGGCUGGCCAAGGUCAUCAGUGAUGACAAGAGUGUUCUUGUAGAAUCUGUUGUAGUAGACAAGAAGCGGAGAGGACAAGGGUUGGGUAGAUGUGUAAUGGAGAUGGCCGAACAACAUGCAGCAAAAGCUGGAUUCCACAGGAUGUAUCUCUGCACAAAGGAUAAACAAGGGUUUUAUCAACAUCUAGGAUACUCCUUCUGCAAGCCUGUCAACACAGUCGGAGCCAUGAUGCUAGAAACCUGUGACUGUGCAGUUGACACAAACACACCACUACCGGUCAAAGAUUCAGGAUCUAAUUGCUGUAAGUCUACUGAUGCUGAAGCCAUAUCAUCAAGCCAUAUCAGCAACUCAGAAACCAUAGAAAGUGGAAACAAGUGCUGUAAAAGCAAAGAGACUGCACAUAGUUCAGCUUCUGUAUGUGAUGGUGAUAAGGAGAAGAAUGUGGAAGCACCACCUUGUGAACCGCCAAAGGGCAUGGCUCCUCCCCCGCCCCCUCCUCCACCUCCAAUAGCCUUAUCCUCCACCAAACCAGCACUCCGUAUUGAUUGGAUGGUAAAGGAUGUUGUCCAUAUAGCAUAGCAACCUCAGAUGUCUUUCUAUACCAGUAGACUGUUUCAUAAAGCUGUUCGUAAAGGUACGCCUGACUUUGUGAAUCACUGGCAUGUUCUUACAUGCAAGCUUGUUUUUCAAUGAUCCGUCCAAUAGGUAGAAAUCAAACACGUUUUCAGGCAACUCUUUCUCGACCAUCCUUUUUUUUCAUAUUUUAUGCACAAGGUCUCAUGAACGAUGACAAAUUUGAUAUCUAAGUUAUGAACUUGUUUCUGAAUAGAUUGUGUAAAAGCAAGAAAAGGCUUAAAAUCGUAACUUGCUGGUGCAAAUAGAAAUUAACUAGCACCUCAUUCUAUUGGUCUAACUCAGUCAAGCAUGCAUUAUGAAAGUUGAGAUUAGCUUCAAAUGAAAGAGGGGAAACAUAUUUUUUUAAUUGAUGUACAAUCUCAUGAAGCAAUCUUAUGAUUAUGAUGGCAAAAAAUUACACUGAAUUCUGGUUUCCUUUUUCUUGUAUAUAGCACAAGAAAGGGUCAUCCAGUUGUGCAUGAAGUCAAUCUGAACUUACUAACAGCUUUAUAAAACACCCACCAGUGCUGCUAUUCAGUUCAUCUGUGUCUCUGCCAAAGUCUAGGUCCAAGGCCAAGUUCCAGCUUGAGUCCUGAAGGCUGCAGAACUGAACUACUUGGUCUUUCAUUUAGAAAUCUUUAGUUGAAUUUCCUGUAUAAAUUACACUUAUUUACCGCAUAUAUCAAAACUGUCCAAUGCUGAUGCGUGCUUUUGUCACAGUGCACCAAGCUGACUCAUGUUGCCCUGGUUAUCCAUGCUACUUUAUUCGUGAGUCCACUG